AUGGUUGGCAGUCGGCGUGACUAUUUCCUUCUAACUCGAAAUAUGAAGAUAUUACGAUUGUUACGAAAAUCAGAUGCAUUGAACAUUUUAGUAACAGCGUGUGAUUUGGAUGUUACUCAACUGAACAAGAAGUACAACGUGAUACAAUGGGGCGAACCCGGAGUUAUGCCGAAAGAGAUUUUGAUUAAGGAAAUAACUAAUGCGCAAGCACUUGUUUGCCUUUUGCGCGAUAAAAUAGACUCUGACGUUCUGAAAGCUUGCACAGAUUUACGAGUAAUUUCGACACUUUCUGUCGGCUAUGAUCAUAUUAACUUGGAAGAGUGUAAAAAACGUGGAAUCAUUGUAACAAAUACACCUGAUGUGUUGACGGAGGUGACAGCAGAAACAACUGUUGCUUUGUUAUUGGCAACAGCAAGACGGUUUCCAGAAGCAAUAAACGAGGCUAAAACUGGCAAAUGGGGAACCUGGUCACUAUAUUACAUAAAUAUUGAUGUCGCAACUCAUGUACUGAGCAUAUUCGAAUUUGCCAUCAGGUGUGGUGUUGGAUUACAUCAUUCAACUGUCGGUAUCAUUGGAAUGGGUCGUAUUGGAGCUGCCAGAGUUGGAGCUGAAUAUGUUGCUUUAGAAAAGCUGCUAAAUCAAUCUGACUUCGUCAUUUUGACAUGUGCUUAUUCUCCAGAAUUAAAAGAGCUGAUUAAUAAAGAUACAUUAUCGAAAAUGAAAAAAAAUGCAAUUUUGAUCAAUACUAGCAGAGGAGCUUUGAUUAAUCACGGUGAUCUGUACGUCGCUUUACAUACCGGUCAAAUUCGUGCAGCUGGGUUGGAUGUCACUAAUCCAGAACCAUUACCAAUGAACAAUCCGCUCUUUUCACUCCAGAACUGUGUUAUUUUACCACAUAUUGGUUCAGCAACUGAAUUUGCACGUACUGAAAUGUUUAAUCUUGUGCAGGACACUUUGCCAAAAAUGCAAAAUAUCAUCCGAUCGACAAAAUUCUCAAACGCAGCUAGCGUUCUGAUAACAGCUGGAGACAUAACAGUUCCACGGAUCUAUGAUCGCUUUAAUGUUUGUCAGUAUAAAGAAGUAAAAUCAAUGCCUAAAAAUGUACUGAUGGAAGAAAUACCAAAGCAUGAAGGACUUUACUGUUUGCUUCGAGAUAAAAUUGACAAAGAGUUAAUAUCGGCAGCAAAGAAGCUCAGAGUGAUAUCUUCGAUGUCUGUAGGAUUCGAUCACAUUGAUGUGGAAGAAUGCAAGAAGAGAAAUAUUGUGGUAACGGUUACGCCUAAUGUUCUUACCGAAACAACAGCUGAAACUACAAUUGGUUUACUAAUAGCAACAGCAAGAAGGUUUCCAGAAGCAAUCAGAGAAGUGAAAACUGGUGGUUGGGGUACCUGGUCACCAUACUAUAUGUGUGGAGUGGGAUUACGUGAUUCAACAAUUGGUAUUAUUGGUAUGGGGAGAAUAGGCGCAUCUGUUGCCGAAAAACUGAAAUCUUUUCAUCCAAACCGCAUUUUAUUUUAUGAUAUAAGCUACGACCAAAAGAAAACAGAAAAAUUGGGCAUUGACUAUGCUUGCAUCGAUGAUUUAUAUUCCAAAUCAGAUUUUAUCAUUUUAAAUUGUGUAGCAACCGAAAAUAAUAAAGGAAUGAUCAACAAAAAUUCUCUUUCCAAAAUGAAGCGAAACGCUGUGCUAAUUAAUACGAGCAGAGGCACAUUAAUUAAUCAAAAGGAUCUAUAUGAAGCCUUAACAAAAGGACAAAUUCGUGCUGCUGGAUUAGAUGUAACAACACCUGAACCACUACCUUUGGACGAUCCUCUCCUGAAAUUAGAUAACUGCGUCAUUUUACCACAUGUUGGUUCAGCAACUGAAGCAACAAGAAAAGAUAUGAUGAGACUUGCAGAAACGUGCUUGAUAGAAGGACUUACAGAUGGAAAGAUUCCGGAUGAUGCUCGCAUUGUCUGA